AUGGAUUGCUUGGCCGGGUGCAGUCUUGCACAGCAACCUCUCCUUCCCCCCAUCUCGCCGCCUCCAGUCUGUCUCGCCUCCCCCUUGUACACGAUGAGAUCCUCACUCUUUGCGGCCUUCAUGCCGGUGGCCGCUCUGGCCCAGGACGCGCCCGCGUUCCCAGAGCGCUGCCUCAAGUUCGCCGAAGAGCUGAACGGCAAGCUGCCCAACACGACGGUCUGGUUCUCGGAGGCGGUCCUGGCCGGCACAAACCUCACCCUGUCGGACAACGACCCCACGUGCACCCGGACCAGCCAGCAGGUCGAUGUCGACAUGUGCCGCGUUGCCAUGUUCGUCACGACGUCGCCGACGUCCAACGUUAGCGUCGAGGCUUGGCUGCCUGUCGACUGGAAGGGCGACCGCUUCCUCAGCACCGGCAACGGUGGCCUCUCGGGCUGCAUCCAGUACGAGGACCUGGCUUACACUACCGCCAGGGGCUUCGCCUCGGUCAGUGGCAACGCCGGCCACAACGGCACUUCUGGCGCAGCCUUUGGCUACAGCGACGAGGUUAUCGAGGACUUUUCGUGGAGGAGCGUGCACACCGGCGUGGUUCUUGGCAAGCAGAUCGUGGAGGAGUACUACGGCCGCCCACACCAGAAGAGCUACUACCUCGGAUGCUCCACCGGCGGAAGGCAAGGCUUCAAGAGCGCUCAGGACUAUCCCGAGGACUUUGACGGCAUAGUCGCCGGCGCCCCCGCUUUCGCAUUCAACAAUCUCAGUUCGUGGUCGGGUCACUUUUACACCGCAACCGGCAAGCCUGGGUCGCCGACGUUCCUGAGCGUCGAACAGUGGCUGGCUGUGCAGGCCGACGUUUUGAAGCAAUGCGACGGUCUUGACGGGCACGCGGACGGCAUUCUCGAGGACCCUGACAUGUGCGCCUACCGCCCCGAGGGCCUAAUUUGCGGCAGCGGCAACAACAGCACGUCCUGCAUCACGGGCACGCAGGCCGAGACGGUGCGCAAGGUGUUUGGUGCGAUCUACAGCAGUGACGGCUCCUUCACAUACCCGGGCAUGCAGUACGGCGCCGACAACUCGUUUGUUUUUAUCUACCUGGCCGGCAACCCGUUUACCUACUCGACCGAGUGGUUCCAGUAUGCCAUCUACCACAACCCCGAGUGGGACCCGGCGACGCUCAGUCCCAAGGACUACGUCGAGUCGGCCAGCCGCGACUUUGGCGGCAUCAGCAGCUUCAAGGGCGACCUUUCGGGCGUCCGGGACCGCGGCGCCAAGAUUCUGCACUACCACGGCCUGCAGGACCAGAUCAUCACGAGCACUAACAGUGCGCGCUACUACAACCACGUCUCGCGCACCAUGAACCUGCCCUCGGGCGAUCUCGACGCCUUCUACCGCUAUUUCCGCGUGUCGGGAAUGGGCCACUGCAGCGGCGGCUCGGGCGCCUCGGCCAUCGGCAACAAGGCCGGGGACUCGUACGUAUCUGAGGAUGCUGCCGACAACGUGCUGACUGCCAUCGUUGACUGGGUCGAGAAGGGCGUCGCGCCCGAAACCAUCACUGGUACCCGGUACCAAAACGGGACCCGCAGCUCCGGAGUGAUUGAGUACAAGAGGAAGCACUGCAAGUAUCCCCUGCGGAACGUGUUCAAGGGUGGAGACGCGAGCAACCCUGAUAGCUGGCAGUGCGUGUAG